GACCCCAAAGCCGCCCUCCAAGCGCGCAUAGCCCGCUUCGCUGCCCUCAAAACCCUCGCAGCCGACGCGCGCAAAGCCAACGUCACCGCCGUCCGCGACGAAGAGCGUUCGAAAAAGGUCUCCCCCGAGGAGCUCAAAAAACUACACCAACGCCUCGACGCCACUGAAAUAAAACUGCUCAAAGACUCCGACCCCGACUUCGAGCGCAAGCGCGCCUGGGACUACACGGCCGACGAGGAUGCUUUGUGGGAAAAAAGGCAGAACAAGAAGGCCCGGAAUAAAGACAACACCUCUUUUACCGAUUUCCGAGCCGAGGCGAAUAAGACGUACAAGCGCCAGGUCAAGAAUCUUGUAAAGGUGGAUCGGGACGAGUAUAUCCGGAAUAAGGCACAGAAGCUGGAGAAGCAGGUGCGAAUGGGAUUGUUGGAGUUAGUGGAGACGGAAGAGGGGGAUGUGUUUACUGUGCGUGCGGAUGGCAGGAUUGAUGAGCCGGUUGAGGAGACAUAUGAUUUUGAGCAUAGGCCGAGUAAGGAGGCGGUGGAUAGGUUGGUCAGGGAUUUGGAUAGAGCUGAGGAGAGUAGGAAGAAGAAGAGGGUGGAGAAGGAAGAGACGGGGGAUGUUACGUAUAUUAAUGCGAAGAAUCGGCAAUUCAACGAGAAGCUAUCGCGGUUCUACAAUAGAUAUACGACCUCAAUACGCGAGUCCUUCGAGCGCGGGACGGCUAUAUGA